GACAUCACAUCUAGAGACUUCAAAUCUAGAGAUGUCACAUCCACAUCUAGAGACGUCACAUCCACAUCUAGAGACGUCACAUCCACAUCUAGAGACGUCACAUCCACAUCUAGAGAUGCCACAUCUAGAGAUGUCACAUCCACAUCUAGAGAUGUCACAUCCACAUCUAGAGACGUCACAUCCACAUCUAGAGACUUCAAAUCUAGAGACGUCACAUCCACAUCCAGAGACGUCACAUCUAGAGACUUCAAAUCUAGAGAUGUCACAUCCACAUCUAGAGGACCAAUCACCAUCCACAUCUAGAGACGUCACAUCCACAUCUAUUAGAGACGUCACAUUCCACAUCUUAGAAGAACGUCACAUCCACAUCUAGAGGACGUCACCAUCCCAAUCUAGAGACGUCAAAUCCACAUCUAGAGACGUUCACACCAUCCCAUCUAGAGACGUCACAUCUAGAGAUGGUCACCUCCACAUCUAGAGAUGUUCAAUCCACAUCUAGAGACGUCCAUCCAUCUAGACUCCAUCCACAUCUAGAGUCACAUCUAGAGAGUCACAUCCACAUCUAGAGAAUCGUCACAUCCACAUCCACACUCUACAGAGUCACAUCAGAACGUCACAUCCACAUCUAGAGACGUCCCACAUCAGACGACACAAAUCCUCCACAUCUAGAGACGUCACAUCCACAUCUAGAGACGUCACAAGAAUCCAUCCAUCAGAGACGUCACAUCCACCAUCUAGAGACGUCACAUCCACAUCUAGAGACGUCACAUCCACAUCUAGAGACGUCACAUCCACAUCUAGAGACGUCACAUCCACAUCUAGAGACGUCACAUCCACAUCUAGAGACGUCACAUCCACAUCUAGAGACGUCACAUCCACAUCUAGAGACGUCACAUCCACAUCUAGAGAUGUUCACACAACUCCACAUCUAGAGACGUCACAAUCCACAUCUAGAGACAUCACAUCCACACUCUAGAGACGUCACAUCCACAUAUCAUCUGAGACGUCCACUCCACAUCUAGAGAUGUCACAUCCACAUCUAGAGACGUCAAAUCCACAUCUAGAGACGUCCCAUCCACAUCUAGAGAUGCACUCCAUCCCAUCUAGAGAUGUCACAUCCGCCCAUCUAGAAGUACGUCAAAUCCAACAUCUAGAGACGUCACAUCCACAUCUAGGAGACGUAACAUCCAAAUCUAGAGACGUCACAUCCACAUCUAGAGACGUCAACAUCCAAAUCUAAGAGUCUCCACAUCCUAGAGUUGUCACAUCCACAUCUAGAGACGUCACAUCCACAUCUAGAGACGUCACAUCCACAUCUAGAGACGUCACAUCCACAUCUAGAGACGUCACAUCCACAUCUAGAGACGUCACAUCCACAUCUAUGAGUGAGUCAGGCCAG